AUGGGUGCAGACAAGGGCUCCGCCGUGCAGUUUGAAGACUUCCUGCCAUCGAUGGCGAGGAAGCUCGGUGUUGAGGGGCUGAUUCAGGAGCUCUGCAAGGGGUUCCAGCUGCUCAUGGACCCCAGGACAGGCAAGAUUACCUUCCAGAGCCUGAAGAGGAAUGCAACCAGGCUCGGGCUUGGUGAGCUCAGGGACAACGAGCUUUCGGAGAUGAUGAGGGAAGGGGACCUGGACGGGGACGGGGCGCUGGAUCAGAUGGAGUUCUGCAUUCUCAUGGUCAGAUUGAGCCCAGAGCUGAUGGAAGAAGAGUCACACAUGAUGUUUCAAUAUUAAUGUAAUCUGAUCCCUUUUACUUGAAUACAACAGAGUAUAGUGAUCGUCUUCAA